AAAAAGUGUAAUGUCAAAGGGGCAUUUCAGCUCCAGAAGCUGAAGUAAGUUGAGCUCUGAAAGAUGCAGAUUGUUAAGCAUAAUCUGUCUUUGAUGUUGCAUACUUGUGAAUUUCAGCAGUUUCAAAUAAUUACUGAGCAUCUUUGGGUAGAAUAUACAAUAGUUUGCUAUUUGGACCAUAAACUUGGGAGUUUACUAAAGGUAACAAAUCCUGUUUCUCUUUCAGAAAUACUUCUUAACCCUACCCAUAACAGGAGCUUGAAACUAGAUGAUCUCUAAGGUUCCUUCUGAUCUAAGACAUUCUAUGAUUCUUAUUUUCAUGUUUUGAUGUACCAUUGUUACAAAUACCUAUCUCCCUGUUUCUGUAUAUACACAGUAGGCUGCUACUUUGUGGAAAGGGUCAUUGGCCUUGCAGACUAAAGACAGAGCUGUUGCUUGCAUCAUCGUGGUCAGACAACUUAUCUGUGAUAUAAAUCAAAUUGAGAUGGGGGAAUAAAAGCAGAAGUUUGACACCUUUGGUAUUGGUCAGCAGCUGUCUAACCUAAUCAUUCCUUAAUCCUCAGGUUCUGCCAAUAGAGUUCUCAAGUAACUAUGUUUCAGCUGAUGAAUAUACACGCAGCCAUCAUUCUGAUAAUUCUAUACAAUUUUGUGUGUAAACAUCAGCAGAAUCUUCAUGCAAACCAUUCUCCCAUCUGUUUUUCUGACCAAAAUGCAUCUAGUAGAUGUUCACAAUUUGGAGAGUCAGGCUUACCAUGUGUAUGGGAACUGCUGAAUCACGGCCUGAACCUCUGAUGCAUCACCUGGGGCGAGCAAUGAGUCAGCCACAGGAGCACAGGUGAAGGCAAUUCAGCUAUGCUGCGGGAAGGAGUGGAGCCUGGCUCCAUCUCUCCUAGACCCAUUUAAGAGCUGACUACCAGUGGGAAAGGAUCUCUUCUGGAGAUCCCUCCACUGGAGUUUUGUAGCAAGCCUGGGAUGUGGCUGCCAGCUGAAGAUGAAGUCUUGCUUCAGAAGUUAAGAGAAGAAUCUAGGGCAGUCUUUCUGCAAAGAAAAAGUAGAGAGCUAUUGGAUAAUGAAGAGCUUCAGAAUCUAUGGUUUCUACUGGACAAACAUCAGACGUCACCAAUGAUUGGGGAAGAAGCGAUGAUUAAUUAUGAGAACUUCUUGAAAGUUGGUGAAAAAGCUGGACCUAAAUGCAAGCAGUUCUUCACAGCAAAGAUUUUUGCUAAAUUACUCCAUAAUGACCCUUAUGGAAGGAUAUCUAUAAUGCAGUUUUUCAAUUAUGUCAUGCGAAAAGUGUGGCUUCAUCAGACAAGAAUAGGUCUCAGUUUAUAUGAUGUGGCAGGACAGGGCUACCUCAGAGAAUCAGAUUUAGAAAACUACAUUUUAGAACUCAUUCCUACUUUGCCACAACUGGAUGGCUUAGAAAAAUCUUUCUACUCUUUCUAUGUCUGCACAGCAGUUAGGAAGUUUUUCUUCUUUCUGGAUCCUCUCAGAACAGGGAAGAUAAAGAUACAGGACAUCUUAGCUUGCAGUUUCCUGGAUGACUUACUGGAGUUAAGGGAUGAAGAACUUUCUAAAGAAAGUCAGGAAACAAAUUGGUUUUCUGCUCCUUCAGCACUAAGAGUUUAUGGACAGUACUUAAACCUUGAUAAAGAUCACAAUGGCAUGCUCAGUAAAGAAGAGCUGUCCCGAUAUGGAACAGGGACCCUCACCAACAUAUUUCUGGACCGAGUCUUUCAGGAGUGCUUAACUUAUGAUGGAGAAAUGGACUAUAAAACCUACCUGGACUUUGUACUUGCAUUAGAAAACAGAAAGGAGCCUGCAGCUCUGCAAUAUAUUUUCAAACUGCUCGACAUUGAGAACAAAGGAUACCUGAAUGUCUUUUCCCUUAAUUAUUUCUUUAGGGCUAUUCAGGAACAAAUGAAAAUCCAUGGACAAGAACCAGUUUCUUUUCAGGAUGUCAAGGAUGAGAUCUUUGAUAUGGUAAAGCCUAAAGAUCCUUACAGAAUCUCCCUUCAAGAUUUAAUCAAUAGCAGUCAAGGAGACACUGUUACCAGUAUUCUAAUUGAUCUGAAUGGGUUCUGGACAUAUGAGAACAGAGAGGUCCUUGUGGCAAAUGAUAACGACAGCGUUGCUGAUGCUGAUGAUACGUGACUUUCAACAGGAGUAAACUGCAUCCAUUGAGAUCUCUCUUAACUGAUGCAUUCAUUAACUAUUGGAUGCUGGGAACAUUAUUUAAAUUGAUGCCUCUUCCAUUUUUACUGCCCUCCCAUCUUCAUCUUCCUCAGGCAUGUAAGAUAAAACUCAGUAUGUAAAAAUUACUUCUGCAGAUUCUUUGAAGUGAAAAGAGCAGGUCAUGUUUAAGAGGUAACUACGAUCUGUUGUGUUUUUGGUUUUGCUUUUCAAAUAAAUGUUUUCAAAUUUUUUUCCUUAUAAACUGAGCCUUUUUUUAAUUUGAAUUUUCUAGAACGUGCAUUUAUCUUGAAAUUAAGGAUGUAUUUCUUGAGUAUUCUCAGCACUGGCCUGUAUCCACUCAGUCACAGUGUUCUGCAUGGCUUUGUCUAAUGACAGCACUGUUAAGUAUCCUACUCUAAGGGAGAAAGUCUUCUGUAAGAGGUAAAUAAUAUAGCAUAACCUCCUGUGUAAGUAUUAUAGGAAAUUUAACUUAAUUAUAUAGCUGAGCUACAGCAGUAGUUAAAGAAUGAGUGUUUUACGGAUUUAAUAAAGUCACGUAAGUGUUAUGUAUUUCAGAUGAAAUUAGAAGAGAUACAGGCCAGAUAUGGUUGUAGUCCUGUACUGUUUCACACUUUGAGAUAAUGCUGAAAAUGUGAGUUCAUUAAUACAUACUCCAUGAAGUUGUAAGGAAGGGGUGGUGGUAUGGAGAUGUCUUGAGUGUCAGUGUCUGGAUCUUCUGCCAAGAUGUGUGUGACUCCAGGAAAAUGCAAGCAGUGAACAAGCACUUCACCUGUUUGCAGGCAUAAAAUUUCAGCCACCUCACAGUUCCAAAGGAAAAGGCACAGCCAAUUUUCAGUUCAAAAAUUAUAUUAAAUAUAAAAUAACCAAUUAAUGCAUUUACAGAAAAAUUAAACCAUUAUGAAAGUAACCACUUUCAUACAGUUUGCAAAAAAAAACUUAAUCCUUCAGUUAAGGCACAGUGAGUAAUACAGCAUAUUAUACAAAGAAGUUUAACCCCAAGGCUGUGAGAGGUUUUUCUGGUAUACCAGACAGUAGGGACAGAAGAAAACAAACACAACUGACAUUAAUUUCAUGGCAGAAAAACAAAGCAUCUUUCAACUCUAAAGUUUUCACUAUUAAGCUAAGUGAGGCUUUCUCAUGCCACAGUACAAUAAGAACUCCCGAUAUUUUUCUAUGUAUUCCCCAGGUACUGAUCCAUUCUCUUCCUUGCAGGUGUUCAGGGUGGAAUGAUUUUACACAGCUGUCAGCAACUUCUGUAUUACCAUUCAAAACAAGAGCAUCAAAACAGAUGACUGAAUCUUUCUCAGAAGCUCUGCUGUAGUGUUGAAGGGCAUAUGAGAGUAGAAAGAAUCUGUGUUAUACAGGAUACUAGUUCAGAGAGCCAUCUGAAAUACAUAGCUGAGCUCUGCAAACUAAUGCCCAAGGUUCCCAGCCUGUGCUGUUCCAGCAGGCUCCUUGGUUAGUUAGUAGUGGAAACAAGGCUGGGGAAAUAUGAUGACAUCUAACAGAAAAAUUCACUGAAGGUUCUUGAAAUUUUUGCAUUCUCAAGGACAGAAACAAUUAUUCAAAUGGUUACUACAUAUUAUAAGUUUUCUGCUAAUCUAUCUGUAACUAUUCUGCAAAGGAAGUGAUUGGGACAGUUAGUUAUUUCCCUGCCUGCAGCAGUGAAUCCUGAUUGUCCCAAUGUGAACCAUUCACAUUUUGCAAUUUGGAGCUAGGAUCACAGUCAUUGCAAUAAAUUGCUUUGAUUGGUAAUUGGGUGUAGUUAAAACUGGAGUGAAGCUGCAUUUCACUAAAAAAAGAAUGAGUUGUUUCAAUACUGAAACAAGUUUUUUUUUUUUUUUUUUUUUUUU